AUGAAGGCACUCACCGCAUCACUGCCACGUUUAACAAGGCGCACUAUAACGAGUCAACUUUCUUCGAGCAGCGCAGCUAUUGAGACGCUGGAUCUGUAUCCGCUGCUCGUGUCGCGAUUCGCUUCGAUCGCGUCAACUUCGAAGGGCUACGUCACGUCGAGCCGCGAUGCUGACUCCGCAGGAGCAGCAACGCAUGACAACGCGUCGUCCGCGGGAAGAACUGUCGGCGCGGGAGGCGCGAGCGGUGCAGGAGGAGCGGGAGGCGCGGAUCCGAACAAAGAAGGGCGCGAGGCCGCGUCGCGGAGCAACCCCAUGGCGGCGCGGCUUCGCAGCCGAGGCGUGAUCCGAUUCGACGGUCGCGAUGCGAUCAACUUCCUGCAGGGUCUGCUGACCAAUGACGUCACCCCGUUUCUCCAGCAACCCCCCCCGGUGGCCUCCCCCAUCCCCACGCCCAAUCAACCCGCCAGCGUGCAUCCGCCAAUCUACUCCGCGCUGCUCUCUCCUCAGGGGAGGUUUCUUUUCGACCUCUUCCUUUACCGCCCGCCUCACUCUGAUGCAGUGUCGAGUCGGCUGGAUCCGACAGGAGCCGGUCCAGAUACGGGGAACCCAGACGCACCAGAGCUGCUUGCGGACGUAGAUGCAGCGAACCUGGACGACCUGCUGGCUCACCUGAAGAAACACAAGCUGCGCGCCAACGUGUCAUUCGCUGACGUGUCAUCUGACGUGGCAGUCUGGGCGCACUUCCACUCGCGCCUAUCCUCCGACCCGGCACUGCCAGACGAGGCAGCAGCGGGGGAGGGAGUGGGGUGGGGCGGGCGAGUGGAUCAGCUGGGCGAGCUGACAGCUGAAGCCACGAGAGAGGGGUGGCGGUGGCAUCGCGAUCCCAGGCUGCCUGGCUUGGGCCUCAGAGGGCUGUUUCCUGCCAGUGAACUCCCCCCAUUGGUGGACGCACAGGUGGAAGAGGGGGAGGACAGCUACAGGAGGUUCCGAUUAGCAAUGGGAGUGGCGGAGGGGUGUGCAGAGAUGCCAAGAGGUGAGGCCCUUCCUUUGGAGUGCAACCUAGCAGCCCUGCAUGGCAUCAGCUUCACCAAGGGGUGCUACGUGGGGCAGGAGCUCACAGCCAGGACCCACCACAGGGGAGUGGUGCGAAAGCGACUCAUGCCAGUCCGAUUCGUGCCGUCCAGGGAAGGAGGUUGGGAAGGGAGUGCGACGGGUGCUGGAGAGGAGGGGAGGGAGGGAGGUGGGGAGGGGGUUGGAGAGGUAUCAGUGCCUGUAGCGGCUGAGAUAGUCGAGACUGUCUCAGGGAAGGCUGUCGGACGAGUGAAUGCUGUUCUGUGCGGUUCUGAUGGUUAUGGCAGCGGUGCUGGAGCUGGUGCUGGUGGUUCAAAAGAGUUUACAGGAUUAGCACUGCUGCGAUUGGCUCACGGCCUCAACCCGGGGUCACAGCUGGCAGUGCAAGCAGAAAAUGGGGCAGGUUUGAAAGUUUUGCCCAGCCGCCCAUACUGGUGGCCGAGGGAGUGGGGCAGCGAGGAAAAAUAG